CUGUUAUUCAGCAUGAAUUUGGCAGAGAUAUGUGACAACGCCAAGAAGGGCCGUGAGUAUGCUUUGCUGGGCAACUACGACUCCUCCGUUGUGUACUACCAGGGCGUCAUUCAACAGAUCCACAAGCACUGUCAGUCCCUGAGAGACCCUGCACUUAAAGUCAAAUGGCAACAGGUCAGGCAGGAACUGACUGAGGAGUAUGAGCAGGUGAAAGGCAUCAUGGGGACGCUCGAGAGCUUUAAGGCAGAGAAGCCAGUUGACAUCCUUGCCCCUCAGUCUGAAGAGAGAUCUGAGGAUCCAGCAGUGUGGCCUCCUCCCACCCCUGCGGAACACAGGAAUCCUGUUGCAGUGAAGCGCCCCAACAGUGCGGUGAAGCAGCAGAGGAAGGAAUCCCCCGGUCUGCAGCAUCGAGGGGCAGGGCCAGGAGGCCGGGGUCAGGCCAACCUUAAACCAGACCGGCCGGGAUUCAGAGACGCCCGAGGCACGAAGGCCAAAGAUGAUAAGGGAAAGAAAGGGGUUGGAGACACAUCAGGGGAUGCAGAGCAGAAGAAGUUUGAUGGCACGGGAUACGACAGCGACCUGGUGGACUCACUGGAGAGAGAUAUUGUGUCCCGUAACCCUAACGUACACUGGGAUGAUAUUGCUGAUCUAGAAGAUGCUAAGAAGCUGCUGAGAGAAGCAGUGGUUUUGCCCAUGUGGAUGCCUGACUUCUUUAAGGGCAUUCGUCGCCCCUGGAAGGGCGUGUUAAUGGUUGGCCCUCCUGGGACAGGGAAGACCAUGUUAGCCAAAGCUGUGGCCACAGAAUGCGGGACUACCUUCUUCAAUGUGUCCUCCUCCACCCUCACCUCCAAAUACAGGGGCGAGUCAGAGAAACUUGUUCGGCUGCUCUUCGAAAUGGCGCGGUUCUAUGCGCCAACGACCAUCUUCAUAGACGAGAUCGACUCCAUCUGUGGAAGAAGAGGAACAUCUGAUGAACAUGAAGCCAGCCGCAGGGUCAAAUCAGAACUUCUGGUUCAGAUGGAUGGUGUCGGAGGAGCUCUGGAGAAUGAUGACCCCUCUAAAAUGGUGAUGGUCCUCGCCGCCACCAACUUCCCGUGGGACAUCGACGAGGCGUUACGACGUCGGCUGGAGAAGCGGAUCUACAUCCCCCUGCCUACAGCUGAGGGACGUGUAGAGCUUCUAAAGAUCAACCUGAGGGAGGUGGAGGUGGCUGCUGACGUGGACCUGGACCUCAUCGCUGAGAAGAUUGAGGGCUACUCUGGCGCAGACAUCACCAAUGUCUGCAGAGAUGCAUCUAUGAUGGCGAUGCGCCGUCGAAUCCAAGGCCUGAGCCCCGAGGAGAUCCGAGCUCUGUCCAAAGACGAGCUGCAGAUGCCUGUGACCAUGGAGGACUUCACCCUCACGCUUAAGAAGAUCUCCAAGUCCGUCUCUGCAGCUGACCUGGAAAAAUACGAAGCCUGGAUGGCCGAGUUUGGGUCAGUAUAAAGAGUGGUACCAUUUUCAACCCAGAGGGACCAGAACCUUGAAAGGAGGACUCCCAGCUUUGAAAAUAAUGAAAGCCUUGCAGAGGUGGGACUCGGGGAGUGUGUGUCACAGAGCGUAGUGAACUCUAGUAUGUGAACCAGGCAACACGUCGGGGAUAAAGAUUGUACUGGGGCUCAAGUUCACAUCAGAAGACCGGUGCCUUUGAGAGAGCAUGAUGAGAGCUUUCAGUGGCUUCGCUCCUGCCCUUCCACAUAUUCUCCUCUCGUUGUUGCUUUGACACGAUUGGCGCGUAGAGACUAUCAAUCAUCCAGCUGCCGACUGACUUAAGAGACCUGAGGAAGCAUGGGGGGAUUUUCUCUAACACAGGGAACUUUUAAUGUAAAGAGUAGCCUAAUACACACAGCUAGACCAGGGAAUGCACACUAGUUUUACUUACAUAUUAUGCCUCUUACAAGAAGAAGAUUUCUGUUUUCUUAUCCUACACUCCUCUUGCUUUGUCUGUGAAGCAUGUUCUUGUGUUCAGAGUCAGAUGAAUCAAACUCUGUUAACAGCACAAACUUGUUUUAAAUGCUUGUUUCAACCUGACAAAUGCCAAGUGUUUACAAGUAGGUGAGUGAUCUUGAGAUUUGAUUAUUUGGAUAAUCAAAGAUUAUGGCAAUAUGGUGAACGAAAUAUUGAUUUUGCAGUGUUUGAGUUAUAUGUUUUAGUUGCUUUAUGUAACAUAGUUCAUCUGCAGAUUCACUCAAAUUAAGGCAUUAUAAUUCCAACUUUCUGUGUGUGACUUGAGGUCACACUUGUCCUUUUCAUUAGAGAAAUUAAAAACUUUAAAUUACAAGAAGACAUGAAGAGCAGCAAGAGCAAGAGGCCCAUUGUCUUAAAGAAGUGUGUGUUUGAGCACUUUUAAUGCAUUUCCCUGAGCCCGUGUACUUAGUACUGACUGAACACACUUGAAGAAACACAGUGUCUGUGUAAUGAAGUGACUGAUUAUAUGUUUGUGUUAUUUUGUUUUAAUAUUUGUUUUUAGUUUAAGUUCUGUUGAGAC